AAUCAUGUAUGCUGAACCGGAAGUUGAGAAAAUCCGAUCGUGGAAGAAAAAAUAUGUUUACGGUGUAAAUGAGGCUGCGAGGAAAUAAAUACAGAAAGCGAUAACUCGUAGUUUACCGUCUACGUUUGGUUUUUAACAACAGUUGCACGUUUAAACUAAUGCAUUCAUGUAUUUCUUGCGGAGAAAAUAUUGAUCUUUCAAUGCUAAGUUAUCCAAUGUAAGCACAGCUCCAGCUACACGCAUACAGCGCUAUUUUAACCUGCAGUUUAUGUCGACAUCAGACAUUUUUCUAGACAUAUUCUUAAAAUUAUAUAAAUAGAUUGGUUGUGCAUUAUUAGUACCUUUAAGUACUGAAGGACAUUGGAUCAAGUUGAGUAGCUUUCGCGAAAAGUGAUGCAAAACAGUUCGCCAGCGAUCGGAUUGGGUUUAAUUCAGUUUUUAUGAACACGUCUGAUUAAAUCUGAUCGGUGGAGAUGUCUUUGGUAGCGUACGACAGCAGCGACGACAGCGAUCGCGAUGACACUCCGGGUUUACCCGCACGACCCGCGGGUAAGAUCGGCGGACUGUUCGCCUCUUUACCUGCGCCGAAAUCAAAAGCAGAAAUCAGACCGAACAGAGAUCAGACAUCGGCCCCUCAGCCUCAGAGGAUGGAUAUACCCAAACCCAAAAAGCGCACAGAGCCCGUUAAAAUCACCGUUCCUGAAAUAAAACGAGGAGAUUCCGACUCUGAUGAUGACGAGCCUGUGCGAAAGAAAACAGCUUCCAAGGGCAAUGGUGGUCUGUCCUCUUUGCUGCCCCAGCCCAAAAAUCUGGUGGUAAAGGAAGCCCAGCGGCCCCUGGUUCCCCACACACUAACUAAACGGCCAGCAUCGGACAAGCCGAAGGCCAGCACAGUAAAGCCCUCGAGCGUCUCUGGAACCACCCCGUCUCCAUCAGCCAUCAAAGCUGCUGCGAAGUCCGCCGCCAUGCAGUUAGCUCGCCAGAUGGCAGCUGAUGACGGCAGUGAUGAUGAUAUGGCUCCAGAAAACUACUUUUCCCUCCCAGAAAGCUCAUCGCAGCCCGUGAUGUCACAAAUCCCGGAUUCCCAACACUAUGUUCCAUCUCUGGACCCUCCACCUGGUGUUGAGGACGCCCCAUUGGACUUUAAAUCUAAAGAAAGUUACAGUAAGUCACUUGGAGCCACGCAGGAUGGUCAGGGGGAAGAUUAUCAAUAUCAGUACCAACAGUUUCCAGAACAACCAGAAGCUUCAUCGCAGGAAUACUACGAGGGGGGUGGCUACCAAGACCCAGACCCUGAAGCUUGUGAGCAAGAUGAAUCUGGGCCCUCAAUGUUCAAUGAUGAAGCAUUCCGGCGGCUGCAGGGCAAACAGAAUCGUGGAAGAGAGGAAAUCAAGUUCUUGGAAAUCAAAGGAGAUGAUCAGCUGAGCGGCAACAAGCAAUGGAUGGCCAAAAACAUGACGGCCGAGCUGGAGCCACGCAAGUCCUUCAGCAAGAAAAGAGGAGAUCAGCCAACAGGACAACAGAGACGCAAGCACCAAAUCACAUAUCUGAUUCAUCAAGCCAAGGAACGCGAGCUUGAACUGAAGAACAACUGGGCCGAUAACAAGCUCACCCGGCGACAGACGCAAGCCAAGUAUGGAUUUUAGUGGACGUCACACCAAAUAUCACCGAAAUGUGGCACGUUCCUCUAACUAAAGCUGGGCAGAGACUGUGAAGAAGAAAUGUUUUAGCUUUUAGAGAUGUCAUAUUGUUUCAGAAAGAAGCGAAAGAUUGCAAAUAUCUCGCUUUGAUGCAGUUACACUAUUAAUGGUGGCACCAAAUGUCUGCUGAAUAAAAUCUGUAAUGUUGGUCCAUUUUUAUGUUCUCCACGUUCGGUGUUGUUACAAAUGUUUUGGUCAUUAAAUAGUCACCUGUAAUGUCGUACAUCCAUUUCAGUUAACAUGAUAUAAGUUUAUUUUAUGAUUGAGAAAUUAUGUUUAACUAUAACUUGGUUUGGUCUGAGGGGUUCUUGUCUUCCACAUUGUCUGUUGUGAUCUGUGGCAAGUUACUAGAAACGGAGAUUAGACAUUAAAAAUAAGGAAUGUAAAAUAUGAAUUAUAAUGUUUGAGUCUAGUCUUGGUUUUAAUUACUUGUUUUCAGUUAAAGAUAUAUUCUUAAAGAACUUCAUGUAAAACCUCAAAUAAAGUUGAUAACAGUUUUAUUGCAUCACAAGAGAAUUUGCAAAAAUGAUGCAUUUUGUGUGUUAAAGACUUGUGUGUAAAGUAGUUCCUACCUAAAUGCAUAAAUUUGAAAAAUAAAUAAUAUUGGGUUUACAAUAAAAUUAGACCUUUUCAGGA